CUCGAUUUAAGCUCAGCCCAGCACGCUAACACCGUGACGUCUUUGUGAAACUUCAAGACCCCUCAUUGCUCACUCACCUCAGCACCAUCGCAGCCAUCCUUGAUGAGAGCAAAACAACACAUGCAUACCAGACAACCAGCAAAAUGACAACAGUUCACAUCUUACGCCAUGGCCAAGCUCUACACAAGUAAUUUACCCUCCAUCCCAUCUCUCACCUCGCUGACAACCCAGCGUUGAAAGAGGCUAUCCCCACCGCGACCCUCCCCUAACAGAUCUAGGAACACGUCAAGCACGCAGCGUCCAACAAACCAUAAAAAUACAACCAGACCUAAUAAUCGUAUCACCCAUGACAAGAACCAUACAAACAAUGUACAUCGUCUUCCGGUAUCUUCUCCAUAGCGCCAAAACCCCCGUCCAAGUAUGGCCCGACCUCCGCGAAGCCCACGACGCAACCUGCAACAAAGGAAUUUCACGGAAAGACUUGGAGAAUAAGUUUCCAAACCUUGACUUUUCAGCUUGUCCGGAGAAGUGGGACUUUCCGACGCAUACCCCAGAUGAUGCGACGGUACGAGCCGAAAGAGUUCGGCGUCGGUUGAAAGAUGUUGCAAGGACCGGGGGCUAUAAAAACAUCAUGCUCGUCACGCAUCGAGGUAUCGCUGCGUUUCUGGUGCAGGGCGAUAGAUUCAGUGUUUGCGGUAAGAGUACCAAUACAUGCCGAGGUCCUGGCUGAUGACGUAGAACACCGAUCAUAUCGCUUCGCCACGAAUGAAGAAGUCGACAAAGCAAGGCAUGGAGUUAACGUAGAUACAGGGCUUGAGCAAGAUUUUGGCCCGACAGUGUUGAUACCAGCUGAGAAGCCGAAAACUCGCCAAGGGCAGUCAAGCUGACGGGUAACUACUAUCAAUAGAUGCAAACUCCUUGCCUGAAAGCAGGCUUGGACGGUCAUGAGGUUUGAGGAGAAUACAACCUUGGACUACAGUGCUGACCUCGUCUCACUAAGCAA